AAUUACAUCACACGAAUGUAUUGUCUCUCAAAAGGCAUUCCUCCACUGCUUUUGGGAACUUUAACGACAAAAACUCCUGAUGAAUUAGUAAUGUGUCUGUCGAAUUUUCUAAGUAGCUAUCUCUGUAUCAAAAUUGAUAUCACUUUGAUCAUGCCUGAGGGGAGAAUCGACUCUUGACCUGUCUAACAUACAUGUCACCCGGAGGAAUAAUUAAACGUAGUUUACGCCGUUCCCCGUAUGAGACAUAUUGAAGACGCGUCUUCACCCAAACCAAGCCUCGUAUCGGUGACCACUCAUCACACGAACAUCGACAGGUUGUGAUAGGAUGCAUCUAUCUGGAUACAGGGUGUAGGAAACUUCCCUGUUCAGUGUCUUUGGCUUAUUGGUAGGAAUCCUUGUGUCAGCUGCCGGAGGUGUGCCGCGCCCGACCUAAGCAUAUCAAGAGAAAGACAAGAAGAGUCGGGUCUGCCCUCUGUAAUCAACCACUCUACUGUGACGGAAAAGCAACCACAAACACAGACGCUGCGAAACAAAUUUUGAGAUCAAUUUUAGAGCUAGGUACUCAACAUUAUUGUACCCGUUUUACAGGGUGCGACUAUGGUGUGGGCCAUCUAGCACUGUCUCAAUAAUGACCAAGUCUACACGACGACGGAGAAGGGACUGUCUCUCGCAGUGGUUUAAUGACAGGCGACGAGUGGUCUCGACAGAUAUUGCCGAGAGGUAAUUGUUAGGAAAAGUCUCACUUUGGGUCAAAACCUGACAAAUACGAGAAAGACUCUUGGGGAGCGUUUCCAAUCGAAAUUUGAUUACAAGCAAAUCUUAUGUCUAUAUUACGAGGCGACACUCUGGCAACAUGGCCGAGUAAUUUACACAAACACUCGGAAAGAAUAUGGCCUUCGAAUUCCAAAGGUUUCUUAAAUUGGAAAUAUUUCUUUGUUUUUGCACAUUGGAUUUCUGCGUUCGAAGACAACAAGUAGAAUUUAGUUUGAAUAUAUGUAUAUUGGAUGUAGACUUGCGGCUUGAGGCAGCGUAGCCUCGCAUAUGUGACACAUAUACAUGAGUACAAGAAAAUGCGACUAGUGUGGUUCAUCUUACUUGUGUUAAUAUUCAACGAAAUAUCGGAAUGUAAGAAGGGCAGACACAAGGGACGAAUGAAAGGAAUUCAGUGGUGGUCUUUGGCGAACCUCGGAGAAAGAUCGAAUGAUUUGCGGUCAUCUGUAACAAGGUUAUACAACAACCCAAGUCUGCUGCCCCUGAACAAACGCCAGCGUCGCCUUGUCACCCGCAACCCGGGGGCGAUCAUGGCUGUCGUGAAGGGGGCAAAACUCGCCAUAAAGGAAUGUCAGUACCAAUUCAGAAAUAGACGAUGGAACUGCCCAACAUUUGCAGAUGGACAUGGGGGGUCAAUAUUUGGAAAAAUCCUACAAAAAGGUUGUCGGGAGUCGGCCUUCAUCUAUGCCCUUACAAGUGCAGCAGUGUCCCACUCCAUAGCAAGGGCAUGCUCGGAGGGAACUGUUCACACGUGCACAUGUGAUUAUGCACAUAAUAAAAUUCCAAGUGGGAAGGACUGGGAAUGGAGCGGUUGCAGUGACAACGCAAAGUUUGGACACAAAUUUUCCCGGCGAUUUGUUGACGUUAUUGAGAAAGGUUGGGAUUUCCGUUACAUGAUCAACUUACACAACAACGAAGCUGGGCGAGUGCACGUCACCUCGGGACUGAAGCAGGAAUGUAAAUGUCACGGCAUGUCGGGAAGCUGCACCAUCAAGACGUGCUGGAUGAGACUCCCUGCUUUCAGGAAUGUUGGGGACAUCCUCAAAGACAGGUUUGAUGGAGCAACGAGAGUACUUCCAGAUAACGAAGGAAAGGCCCAGGUGAAAGGGAACAAAGGUCGUGGUCGUGGCCGGAGGCGAAGGAGGUUCAACUUCAAUCCCGUAAACGUCAACCAUAAGAAACCAGGUCGACGCGAUCUUGUCUACUUUGAGAAUUCACCAUCGUUUUGCGAAAAGGAUAAUGGUAUUGGAUUUCAGGGCACGCUUGGACGUGAGUGCAAUGCCACUUCUAUCGGAGUUGACGGUUGUGAUCUGAUGUGUUGUGGGCGUGGUCAUACAACAGAAAAGUACAUAGUUACAGAACGCUGUAGCUGUACUUUUCACUGGUGUUGUCAUGUGAAGUGCAAGACUUGUACACGCACAAAGGUCAAACACAGUUGUCUCUAGUGUCACUGUUUUCCAUAACGUGCUGUCGGUGAACAAGUUACAACAACGGUUCGCCAUGCCAAGAUAAUUGACAAUAUGUUCAAGCAACAUUUCAUGACAUCACAUUUGUGUUUUCACACUAAGUUUGAAGUGCCAUGCCGUCAGUAUCUUUUGUACAUAAUAUUAACUUCCAUGUGGAUUUCCAUCUGAUGUGUUCCCUGGAUUGAACUCUCUGCUGCAUGUUCCAGGUCAUGGACGUGUAUGUCAUGGGCGAGCUACCAUGUCAUCAUACAAAUGUGUGUUUACUAGGGGUUGUUCCGUGCAUUGUGUGUCUGAAUAUUAUCCUAGUUUUAGUGUUGAGUGGAUACAUGAUUUAUACAUGAGUUUACAUGUAUCCAGAACUAUACAACCUACGCACAACGUUACUGCCAUGUCAAAUGUAUGGAAUAAUUAACUAUCAAAGUUUUUGUAAACAGCAAUAUAAUCACUGAUAGCAAUUUUUCAACAACUUGUAAUGCAGCAGUCUGGACACUGUGGCACUGUGUUGCAUUGCCUUAAAUACAUGUAUUACUAUGCAAGUGGUUCAACUGAGUAAAUUACACCCCUCAUAUCCUGAUGCAACAUGUGCUUGUGUUGUUCAGUAGUACUUUGAGGAAGCUACAUGACAAAGAAUUCAUGUGUCCAUGGUAUGUUUUAGUUACAUGAUCCUUCAUAUUAUUCAAACAAAUGUACAAACGUUUGAGUUAGAUGUAAAUUAUAUUGACUCAAAAGAAUAAAUUAUGUUUGAAUA